GCAAAAUAAAAAUUUGCUAUUUUAUAACAAAAUACAACAAAAAUCAUGACACAGAAAAAUAUUUACCAAGAAAUUGAAGAAAAUGAUUUCUAUAAAGUUUUCCUCGAUGAAAAAGCCGACAAAUCACCUAUUGCCAAUAUGACCAUUUCCACUCAAAUACAUGAACUAUCCAAAGGAUUGGAAACAAUUUCCUUUGAAUUGAAGUCCCAAGUUCGUGAACAACAUGGUGCUCUUCUGUCCCAAGCUACACAUGCAGGUCGCUUGGAUGUUGCUUUAAAUACAGUUUCCGGUGAUGUGGAACGUAUUCAAGCGACUGCACAUCGACUUAAAAAUCAAUUGGAUUCACAGUAUUCAUUGAUUGAGAAUCAAACCCGAGUAUUGGGAAAUCUACAUGAAGUGUCGCAUGUACUACGUUCGUGUGGUAAUCUUUUGAAUCUUACACAGAAGCUUAAAGAUACCAAGGAUGUAUUGAAACAGGCUAGCAUUCAUUUUGAAUUGGAGCCUCUCAUUGAGGAUUCUGAUUUGAACAGAAUCGAUUUUAUCCAAGAAGAACGGGCAUACGUUAUCAGCAGUCGACAAAAAAUAAAAAAUCUUGCCCAGAUGCAAUUGGUCAAUGGACUGAAGGAACGUAACGAAAUUCAAGUCGCCAAUACUAUAAAAAUUUUUAUAAAUUUCCAAACUUUGGAUGUAUCGCUGGAUAAUUUGGUGGCAACAUUCAUUGCCGAAAUCGACCAAUCUCUGAAAGAGUGCUUUUCGGGAACCGAUAUAUCUGCAUUCAAUUCGUCAGGCUCCCAAAUCGAUAAAGUUCCCUCAAGCAAUAGAUCACCAGGAGGAGGCACAUCAUUGUCAAGCCGUGGCCCUGGCAAAGCACCACUUUUAACAACCACACAAAAUUUCCGAGCCAAACUAUGGAAAUCCCUGCAUUGGUUGAUCUACGAUGAAUUGUAUGAAUAUUGUGAACAAAUCAUCUUGCUUCGCAAAUCUCUCGAAGAGGUAAACCAACUUGCCAGAGUCUCAGACAAUGAGAUAAGUAUUGAGAAAAAGUUUUGGAAAUCUGUCGAGGAUCUAUUUCGCAAGUCAUUCAAAGAGUGCUCUGCACAUAUUUCCCAAGCCUUACAAGAAGGUCUUUCAAAAUUACUAUCUUCAGCACGAGGUCUCCAAGCUAGACUUGGAUCGCAAUUUGUUUUUGAUGAUAGUAUCUUUGAACCCCUGGAAGUGGGUUAUCUAACAAAAUGCGCUGCGAAUAUGAAAGCUUGUCUGGCUGGCGUUGAUCUACCAUCAAAUGAAACAGUUGAUGCUUUUAUUCGAGUUGCUUCGACAGAAUUGAGCGCUGCUAUGGUUGAUACUAAUUUGGCUAAUAAUGUUGCUAAUGUUUUUAAUUCAUGUAGCAAAGAUUUUUGGUCAAAAAUGGAAGCACAAAUAAAAUUGGGAACAGAUUCGAAACAAGUUGUUGAUAUUCCAAAUAUUCCACAAACACAGAAUAUAAAUUUGGCAAAUAUUUUGUUUUAUCAUUCGGAUUCGGUUAAAAGAAUGAUUUGGAAUUUAGGUGAGAAUUUUUGCAAAUCCGAACCAGCCGAGACGGUAAUGAAGAGUUUACAACAAGGUGAACAUUUAGUUCAAGCCAUCUUGCAGCAAUUGAUGGAUUCAAUGAUAUCGACCAUUGGCAUAAUCCUUUUAAGUAUGCAUCGUGAACCUGGAUUGAAUUCAGAAAAGAUUGCCAUCGCUGGUCCAUCGAUGUAUAUGAAAGAACUACAAGAAUUUAUUUAUCGUGCUUGGAAUAAUCAUGCUGUACCCUUUGAUGACAAAGAAACCACAUGUAAAUGUGGAGAACAAUUGGCGAUUAGAUGCAUAGAUUUAUUUGUCAAUAAUCUUGUUAUAUUACGUCCCCUCUCAUCAGCCGGAAGAAAUCGUUUGAAAAAUGAUUGCAUUUUUCUUGAAAAUGCAUUAAAAACAAUUGCUCCCAAUUUGUCAGAACUUGGAAAACCCUUUAGGUUACUCCGGGCAAUGUCAUCAUUGAUUUUACAAAAACCAGAAGAAUUGGUCGAACAUUCAAUUGAAAAAGAAUCACCUGUACCUUCGUAUAUCAUUUUAUUCCUGUUGUUUGGUCAUGGAGGAAUGGAAUUGCAAAGUCCUCAUACUGCAGCAAAUUGGUCUAACGAAAGACUUAUUCAAUGGCUAGAAGGACACACUUCAGAGCGAGAAAAAUUGGAACUUAUAUCCGGGGCGCUACAAAGAUAUAGAGAUAUAACCAGAAGAAAGAACACCACCCAGUAUGACCCCGUGUAUCCCCAUUUAUCAAGUUACUUUGAAAAAGCUUUGCAAAGUUUAAAAUAGUUAUAAGUUAAAGUAUGUAUAUUGAACUUAACUGGUAUUAAAUAAAUAUUAUAAUUAUGUUAUAAAAAUGUA